AUGACCAGAGUCACAGCUCCCCGUGAGAUCGCCAAGCUUGUGAGAUCUAUAAGCACCACGGCCGCUGCACCUGCGCCCAGCAGGCUCAUCGCCAACUCCUCCAAGACAGCAUCUGCUCGAGUCCGCAAGGAGCUCGAUGCUGCUGCAAAAGCAGAUGUCCCGGCCUCAGAGCGCACCCUCACAACCAACACUCGGCCCACGCCAAAUCCUCAUAGGGUAAUCCCCCUGAUGCAGGGCUUCCACACCACCCAGGCGCCUCGCUACGCCCAGGCCGACGUGUCGACCAUCGACUUCGCCGUCCUCCCCUCACGGGAACAGCUGUUCGGCGGCGCCCCGGGCAACGACGCCUUCUCCCGCGUCCGCGUGCCCCUGCUGCCCGACAACUUCACCCCGAACCGCGCCGCCGUGCCGGGCAGCUUCGCGCCCGAGGCCGCCGACGCCCCGCUGCGCGCCCCGGAGAUUGUCGUCAUGGCAGCCGAUCCGUCCAGCGUCAACGCCGUCUCCGCCCUGACCGAGGUCGAGGCCUUCUCCCCCGACGGCGUGGAGCUGAGCUUCGCGCACGCCUUUGGCGGCGGUAGCGGCCGUGGUGGCGCCGCGCAGGAGGAGAGGUAUGCCGGUGGCAUGCUCAAGGACCUGUGGGCCGGGCUCAAGGAGGACGUCCUUGGUCCCAACGGCCAGGCUAAGCCUGUCUUGUAA